AUGGUCCGCAUCUCUGUCCUGGCAAGUUUGCUUCGUGUUUUGGGGGAUGUUUUUUUUUAUCUCAAGUUGAUUCAGAACGACUGCCUCAAUAACAUUGUCAAUGCAGAACGUCGUGGCAAGCGGCAGGUGCUCAUCCGGCCUUCCUCAAAAGUGGUGGUCAAAUUUCUCUCCGUUAUGCAACGCCACGGCUACAUAAACGAGUUUGAAAUCAUCGACGACCACCGAUCCGGUAAAAUCGUCAUUCAGCUCAACGGACGUCUCAACAAAACCGGUGUCAUUUCUCCUCGCUUUAACGUCCAAGUAACCCAAAUCGAAAGCUGGGUCAACUUACUCUUGCCUGCUAGAGGUUUCGGGAUUAUCAUAUUGACAACGAGCAGCGGAAUCUUGGACCACGAGGAGGCGCGUCGCAAGAAUGUCGGGGGUAAACUGCUUGGAUAUGUGUACUAA